GGUCGAAUUAUCUGCCUUGAAUUCUAUUCUAGUUUCGAAAAAUAGUGAAUUGGUGCAGAUGGAGAAUGCAUUGGCUUCGAAAGAUGACGAAUUAAAACAAAUGAAAGAUGAUCUGCCCUUGAAAACUUCAUAG